CAGGUAAACUUUGACAGUUGAACAGGCUGUGUAGUUGAUCACCAAUCGUUGCCAGUCGUAGCUAGCAGCACGUACAGCUGGAGCAAAAACUACCCAGCAACUGUACACCGAGGCAGGCUAACCGACCACAAGUCGCGUGUUAGUUUGCUAGAAACAGUGGAAGUCAUGGCUGGGAGUGACGACUUAUUUCUCAGGGCAAAACAUCGGACGUUCAGCGGAUUUACUGAAGAUGCAGAGCGUGAGUGGACUGGACCCUUCUGUUUCAUCCAAGCUGCGGAUCCCCAGCUUGGGCUGAUGAAGACCUGGAGGGAGGGCGACUGUAGCGGUGGUGGAGAUGAAUGGGCUGAGGAAGUGGAGCUCACAAAACAGGCCGUGAAAGCCGUUAACCAGCUCAGACCUAAGCCGAGGUUCAUGGUGCUGUGUGGCGAUCUCGUCCACGCUAUGCCAGACACGCCAUUCAGAGAAGGUCAGGAGCGAGACCUGAAGGCAGCCUUGAAGGGGACGGAUCCCUCCAUCCCACUUGUGUUCGUCAGUGGAAACCAUGACCUCGGCAACACCCCCACCCCCAGCACUGUGGAGCAGUAUUGCAGAGCUUGGGGUGAUGACUAUUUUAGCUUCUGGGUGGGUGGAGUUCUCUGCCUGGUUCUGAACUCCCAGCUGUUCUACGACGCCUCGGCCUGCCCUCAGCUGAAGGAGGCUCAGGAGACGUGGCUGGAGGCACAGCUGAGCGAGGCCUCCUCCUCCUCAUCUUCAACAAAAUCUGCUACUGUCUCUGUCUCUGCUCAGGAACCCAAGCCCAAACACAUCUUGGUAUUCCAGCACAUUCCUCUGUACUUAAGAAGCCCUGAUGAAGAGGAUGACUAUUUUAACCUGCAGAGGGUUGUUAGAGAAAACCUCAUGGACAGGUUCAAACGGGCAGGCGUGAAGGCAGUGUUCUCCGGCCAUUAUCACCGGAAUGCCGGCGGCUGCCACGGCGGCCUGGACAUGGUCGUGAGCUCGGCCAUCGGCUGCCAGCUCGGCGAGGACACCCACGGCGUCAGGGUGGUGGUGGUCACCGCAGACAGCAUCAUCCAUCGCUACCACAGCCUGGAGCAGCUGAGAGACCGAGGAAUGGACGAGGACCUGAGGAAGCUGCUGCAGGCCUGAGCGGUGAAGCCAACCUGUGGAUCGUCAUUAAUAAACUGAGUAUUUUAAUUAAUUUGAUUUUUACCUUUUCUGAGCCUGUCUUCCCAGUGUCUUGUGCUUUAGUCAGUUCAGAAAUGUGUAAUAAUAUGAUCCUUUAGACUGUUAUCUCCAAAGGCAGAACUUGGUCUGUUUAGUCGGCCCAGCCUCACAGUGGCAUCUGCUAUAUAUCUGACCAGCAAAGAGGCCAAAGCAGUUCAUUAUAGGGAGCAAAAACAGUAGCACUACACACCAGCUGCACAUUAUAAAAUCUGGAGAGUCAUAAUAAUGAAAUUAAAUUUCAUUCCUGUUGACUGAACUGAAUGUUUUCCUGGGAGCAACUUUUGAAGAGACUAGGUUUUAAAUCAUUUACUGCCCUGAGAGGGUUGUGCAGGGAUUACUGAAUGUGUUUUUGUGGAAAAACAAACUUCUGUAUCUGAAGUAGCAACCUCUGUCUUCCCCAUCAUUGAAGGAAGAGUCCACCUAAAACACUGAAACAUAAUUGAAAACAACAGGAAAUGAUGUCUGUCACUCAGGAUUCGUUUUGUGGUUUGGUCAUGAAGCUUUUUUUCUGUGUCUGCAGAUAAAUGUAGCAAUACUGCAAAGAAAAGCGAAGGCCAAUAGCCAACACAGGAGUUUUUUGUUAUAUUCACUGUAGAAAUCGUUAAAGGUUAUUUUAGUUUUUCUUCUUUCUGUUAUCCUAUCAAGGUUAUGAAAGGUUGGAAUUUCCUUUUAAUGACUAAACCGUUAUAGCUGAUUUUAUGCCUUGUUGAGUACCCUAUGCAAGCUAUUUGUUUCCUUACUAUGUGUUUCUGUGUAUACCAUAAAAGAAGGACUGACUGACCUCUGAGAAGACUUUAUAACCCUUGAUUCUACCCUGGCAGACAAAAAGACUAGUUAGCAAGCUUAAAAAGGACCUUUGGUAAAUAAGACUCACAGGACAUAAUAAGUAAUUAUUAACUCCUGCUAAAAUAUGUUAAAAACAUAUUAAAUAUUUUAAUUAUAUAUUUAUUAUUUAAUUAUUUAAUAAACCCUUACCAUUACCCUAAACAAACAAGACAUUCUGGUUUAGUGAUGACAUAAAAUAAUAAAACUUUGCUGUUAACAUUUCAGUAAUGUGACUCUCUUUAACAGCCAGCUGUAAAAGCUUCAAUUCAGAACCACAUGAUGCUGCUUUUUGUUUCAGUUUACUGUUGAGACGCAAAAGGGGAAGAAAAAAAAUUGUUUUUUUUAAUAAAAGAUAAGAAGCAGAGACAUGUUGCUGUGUUCUUGUCACAUCUUCCCAGAUCCAUUUAAUACCUUUGUGAAAAAAGAGUUUACUGGCAAGAGCACACAGGUGUUGAUUCUUAUAACAGGAGACUAAAACAGAUUAUUGUCAAUAUUAUGAUGUCUCACUUUAUUUUUUGUUGAAAUUACCCUCUAUUUGCUCUGUAUUUUUCUUUGUUUUUGGAGGGGUUUUAGCACCUUUCCACCUCACAAAUACACUGCUUGAGUUUUGCAAAUUUGCUUGUUAUACGCUGGGACGAGGAAAUGAUUAAGCAGCAGAUCUGACAGACUCCUGAGUGUGAAUGUGAUCAUUGGAUAUGAGCUGUAACACUGGAUUACAUGCUGGUAAACUUGUGCCUGCGAAUGAAUGAUGGACCCCCAUCACGAACUAAAAAUCUAUCAGUAACUGAUUGAUUUAUUACAGUGGUGGGGAACAUUGACCGUUAUUCUGCAAGUUUUAGAUGUUUCUCUGCUCCAACACACCUGAUUCAAAUGAAUGAAUAUGUGCAGAACUUGAUAGGUUGUUGGAUCCAUUUUAUUUGAAUCAGGUGUGUUGGAGCAGGGAAACAAGUGUUCCUCACCACUGAUUUAAUGGAACUCCAAAACAGAAAUUGAUUUGAUAACAUAUAACUAGAAAUACCAAUAAUUUACUCUAUAACCUCAGCGUUAAUGUAGGGCUGGGCUAUAUGAACCAAAUCUUAUAUCUCUAUAUUUUUUACCUGAAUCACGAUAUACGAUAUAUAUCUCGAUAUAUAUAUUUUUUGUCAAGUAACCAAAUAGACAGUUCUAAUUAGCAGCCUUUAGUGCCAAAUAUACUUUUAUUAAGGAUCAGCAGCACAUGUGCAUUAAAACAACUGACUAAAAUUACAUUACCUUUAUAUUAAAUUAAAUGCUCCUAAAACAAAAUAAAUUAAAAAUACUUUUCAAUGACAAUAACAAAAAUACAGCUGUGCACAAUGCAAAAGAAAAGAUGCUUUUAAUUCAAAACAAGCUAUCUCGAUAAAAAAGAUAUUGCUUCCUUCUAUAUUGCCUCUGAUAAAGUCUCGAUAUAUUGCCCAGCCCUACAAUAACGGUUUAUUAAAGGGUAUCGGUGACUUUCCCUCACAGUCAUGUCAUCAUUGGACAGUAUUCUAGCUCAAACUACAUGAACCUGCACGUCAUCGUUAUUGCACAUGCACAAGUGCCCAGUCAAUAAAAUGAAUCCAGUGUAAUUAUCUCAUUAGAAGCCAAACUAAAGAAGGUGUCAGACUGAUGAAACAUGGUAACAGUCAUGGGAUCUGUUGGUGAUUAACUGGUUGGGGCUGUAUUUCCUCUUUGUUUAGUCAGAGCUGAAGCAAUCUCACAGUAUUCCCGUCUACUAGCUGCAGGCUGAUUUGGAAGAUCCUAAAAUGGUCUUUAAAAUGAACAUUUCUGCAACAAAAUGACUUUCUCCGCAUGGCCUAAAUGACUCUACUCAAUUACACUUUCCAUCCGUCGACUCCCUCUCUCGUCCUGAACGACUGGGAACGGAAGAGGGUUGUCAUGGCAACCCUUUAGCAACACAUCUGUGCAUUUGUGUGUGUGUGUUUCGGAGACUGAAUGCAAGUGUCAGGAGAGAAAGUGUGCGAACUCCCUGACUGCGUGUCCAUCCAUGGUCUAGUAGGCACGAUGUAGGUGAUUUUCCAUCAACGAUGUGAUCGCUGACCUCUUUUCACACUGACGGACUCUUCCUCUUUUUUUUUCCAAAAAUUCAGCAUGUGAUGGAGGGAGGAGGCGGAGGAGGAGGUGGGGGGAAUAGAUAAUGAGUGUGAUGUGUGAAAGACAACUCAGUCCAUCCCCUUCAUUUCCUGUCUGAGAAGGAACCUUAUGUCCUUAUCUAUUUUUAUAUCCUCAUGGUAGCCGAGCUCAGACACAUCAUUCUUUAUCUUUUUGGGUGUGUGUGUAUGUGUUUGAAUUUACUUUAAACCACAUUUACAACAUAAAUUUAGGGAACAUUACACACUUUGACUUGUCCCUGUGUUGUGUAUUGUAAUGAAUGACCAUACUGAACACCAUGACUGUGACUUAUGUUUUGUUUUUUUUUUGUUUUUUUUUUAAUAAAUGGUAAUUUUAUCAGAA